UAAACAAAAAGGGUUGGUUAUACAUCAAUGGCUUCUACUGCCCUCUUCUUUAUGUUGGCAGUGCAAAUUGGCUGCAUCAUCACCAACACAGGCAAUGGUGAAAGCAUGCCAAAAUUCCCAGCCAUUCUUAUAUUUGGUGAUUCGACCCUUGAUACAGGGAAUAAUAACUACAUACUCACACCAUUCCAAGGCAAUCAUCUACCGUAUGGCAUCGAUUUUCCAGGCCACAUUCCUACCGGGCGGUUUUCAAAUGGAAAACUCGUACCUGAUAUCUUGGCAUCCAUGUUAGGCAUCAAGGAAACUGUUCCUCCAUUCCUGCAGCCAAACAUAUCAGAUGCUGAGCUAAUUACUGGAGUCAGCUUUGCUUCAGCAGGGUCGGGAUAUGACGAGCUUACAACAGCUAUUUCUCAUGUAAUCCCGAUGUCGAAGCAGGUGGAAUUAUUUAAGGAUUAUAUGCAGAGGCUUAAGAGAUUUGUUGGUGAAGAGGAGGCUCGAAGAAUAGCUGCUAGUGCUUUGGUUAUUGUUAGUGCCGGACCAAAUGACUUCAUUUUUAACUACUACGACAUACCCACAAGAGGGCUUGAAUUCGACAUCACACAGUACCAAAGCUUCCUGCUAAAUAAGCUGCAAAUUUUUAUUAAGGAACUGUAUGAUCUUGGGUGCCGUAGGAUAAUUGUAUCAGGGCUUCCUCCAAUAGGUUGUCUGCCAAUCCAAAUCACAGCCAAGUCUCCAAUUCUGAGAAAUUGCAUCGACAAGGAGAAUUCAGAUGCCUUGUCUUACAACAACAGGCUAGAAAAGUUGCUUCCACAAAUACAGCGAGAACUUCUAAGGAGCAAAAUCCUCUAUGCAGACAUAUACGCUAUUCUUACGGAUAUGAUUGAUAACCCAAAAAAAUAUGAUUUUGUGGAAGUCAGAAGAGGGUGCUGUGGAACUGGACUACUGGAAGCUGGUCCUCUCUGUACUCACUCAACUCCAGUUUGUAGAAACCACGCCAAGUACUUAUUCUGGGAUAGCAUUCAUCCUGGUGAAUCAACCUAUCUGUUCCUUUCUCAGAUUCUGGUGAAGCAACUUCUUCCUAAGUUAUCACAGUUGGCAGCCCGUGAUCUCUUGGCAUAGAUCAUUUUUAUUGGAGCCGCCGAGAUUAGGAACAAUUCAUACCAAAGCGAUAUGUCCUAGUUUUAAGCAUAUUGAUUUUCUUAGUCUUAGGAUAGAAAUCUUUUUCUUCUGCCCGAGUUGGAGCAAAAGCAUGAGAUUUCCAGGGUGAUGAUAAGUUAGCAGAGAAAUUUUAAGCACCUAUAAUUACUAAAGUGUUUGAGAGGCAGCUUAGAUAUACUUGAUUCUGCUACGGAGAAUCCUACCAGAUUAAUCCAUAUGUUCUCUAUUUCUAUCCACUUUCAGUCUUAUUUGAAUCUUCA